CAGUGUUUAUGCGUACAGUUAACAGAUAUACGCGUGCAGUGAGUGUGACUCAUAACGUGUAGCAAUAGAUUUCAAGCCAUUUAUGAAAAACCAGUUUUCAAUCAUUUGUUUACAAAUUAAUUGUAUUUUAGUUUCGCUUUAAAUUGAAUUCAAUUGACAUUUAUUUGCGAAUAAAUCUCAACACAAAUCCACUGAAAACGAUGGGUCUCUUCGGCAAAGACCCGACAAAGUCACCCAAAGAACAGGUGCGGGAGUGGACAUCGAAGCUCCGGAAGCAGCAGUUCCUUCUGGACCGACAGAUCCGCGCCAUUCAGAGGGAGGAGGAGAAGGUCAAGAUGGAGCUGAAGAAGGCGGCCAAAAGGGGCGACAAAGACGUGUGUCUCGUGUUGGCCAAAGAGAUGGUCAACUCCAGGAAAGCCGUAUGUCUUCGCCAGUGGAUCACUCAUGAGUUGGACACUGGUUUUGUGACCACUUUGUGUGUCAUAUGGGAUCAGAUGUUGUCUAAACUUAUCGUCCGUCGCAUCCAUACAUCGAAAGCACAGCUAAACUCAGUGAUGAUGAAUAUGUCUCAACAGUUGUCGACACUAAGAGUGGCGAACGCUAUGGAGAAGUCGGCGUCUGUCAUGAAGUCGAUGCAGUCGUUGGUGAAGGUCCAGGAGAUCUCACACGUCAUGCAAGACAUGUCCCGAGAGAUGAUGAAAGCGGGGAUCAUA